AAGGAAGGUGAGAGAGAGAGAGAGAGAGAGAGAGAGAGAGCAUAGAUAGCAAAUAGCAAUCAUCGAAGACCAGAAGAAUUGGUAGAGAGAGAGAGAGAGAAAAGACUGACUGAGUAAGCCCUCUCUGACUCUGACUCUAUAGACUCCCAGACCCUCUUCUCUUUCUCUCCUUCAUUCCAUUCUCAACACACAAACCAACACAACACACACAAAAAAAAAAAAGUCUUCACCUUUUCUCUUCUCUCUCUCUCUGAUCGGAGCUCGAUCUCUUCUCUCUUAUCUUCACUCUUUCUCUGUUUCGAUCGGAGAAUCGGAAACCUCUCUCCAUCGAGGGUUUAAUUAAGUGGAUUGAGUUUGCAAUUUCUGAUGCAGAAGAAAUAAGGAGGCUUGCUAGAUUUGCUUGUCAGUCAGAAAAUGUUGGAGGGUGGUCCAAAGUUCGCAGGAAUAAUAGACCUUAACAAAAAUGACAACAACUAUUACGACUUGUCCCAAGGGUUUUACCAGAAACUUGGUGAGGGUACCAACAUGUCAAUUGACAGUGUUGGCAGUUUACAAACAAGUACUGGCGGAGGCUCUGUUGCAAUGUCUAUAGAUAACAGCAGUGUUGGAUCAAAUGAUUCUCGUACUCGCAUUUUGAACCACCAAGGCUUGCGGAGGCGAGCUAAUGACAAUUACUCUGUGCAACACAGCGUUAAUCGUCGUGGAAAAGUCACACAUGCUCUCAGUGAUGAUGCACUGGCCCGAGCUCUAAUGGACAGUAAUACCCCUACUGAGGGGCUUGAGAAUUUUGAUGACUGGACAAUUGAUUUAAGGAGGCUUAAUAUGGGCGAUGCUUUUGCUCAAGGGGCUUUUGGGAAACUGUACAGAGGUACUUACAAUGGUGAGGAUGUUGCCAUCAAAAUUUUGGAAAGGCCAGAAAAUGACCUGGGAAGGGCUCAGUUGAUGGAGACACAGUUUCAGCAGGAAGUGAUGAUGUUGGCUACACUUAAGCAUCCAAACAUAGUUCGCUUCAUCGGUGCAUGCCGGAAACCAAUGCUUUGGUGCAUUGUGACUGAGUAUGCAAAGGGUGGUUCAGUUCGGCAGUUCCUGACAAGGCGCUCAAACCGAUCAGUUCCAUUGAAAUUAGCUGUCAAGCAAGCCUUGGAUGUAGCAAGGGGGAUGGCUUAUGUUCAUGGACUUGGAUUGAUCCAUAGGGACCUAAAAUCUGAUAACCUGUUGAUUUUCGCAGACAAAUCAAUUAAAAUUGCUGACUUUGGGGUUGCGCGGAUAGAGGUGCAGACUGAAGGAAUGACACCUGAGACAGGGACAUACCGCUGGAUGGCUCCGGAGAUGAUCCAGCACAGGCCUUACACACAGAAAGUGGAUGUGUAUAGUUUCGGGAUUGUUCUCUGGGAACUCAUAACAGGAAUGCUACCAUUCCAGAACAUGACAGCUGUGCAGGCAGCAUUUGCAGUCGUUAACAAGGGAGUUCGUCCAAUAAUACCCAGUGACUGCUUACCUGUUCUCAGUGAUAUCAUGACCCGGUGCUGGGAUGCCAACCCUGAUGUCAGGCCCCCUUUCAUGGAAGUUGUCAGAAUGCUGGAGAACGCAGAGACAGAGAUUAUGACUACUGUCCGCAAGGCUCGUUUCAGGUGUUGCAUGAGCCAACCUAGGACAAUGGAGUGAUCCUAUCAGAGAAACAUUAAAUGAGAAAACAAUCAGCAGAACAUAAAAAGUAAAAAAGAAACUGGAAAAAAGAGAAAAAGAGGCAGAAGGAGGUGAUUACAUUUGUAGCCUUGUGUAUUUAUGAGUUGGAAUUUCUUUCUGAAGAUAGAAAAAGGAAAAGGUAUGAUAAAACUUUUGGUUUUGGUGUUUCAACAUGAAUGGAUUCCAUUUGCUGAAUUAGUGAUAGAAAAGGAGAUUGAUGUGUAUGUAUAAUUCUCACUCUGCUUUGUAUUAACCUAUACCUUGUUUAGCUGUUGUGCUUUCUUGAGAAAUACAGCUCUCUCUCUCUCUCUC